UCCGCGUCAAGUUCGUGGCUGAAAGUUUUCUUCCUCUCUCUUUUUUCCCCCCUUUUGCGGAGGACCAGUCGCAUGCAGUCACAAUGAGGGAGAAAGCGAAGGACUUUUUAUCGCACGGCUUCUCCUCCGGUGUCCACUUCACGUUGCUCUUCACUGACGUCGUUUAGACUUACUUUAAUGCACAACACAUUUCCGUUAUGCGAAGUCCAACUUGUUGGUUAGUCGUCGUGCUGCGGUGGGUGCCCAUCCGAGAUAACGGAGAACGUGAUGAUUCUCAUCCACUCUGGUUACUGCAAUGAAUGGUAACACUAUCCAUCCAGCCAACACCACAACAGCAGCAGGCCAAGGUGUGGCAGUUGCCCAAAAAGGCUGGACGGAAUUCUGCGAGCUGCAUGCCAUCGCCGCAGCCCAGGAGCUGGCCCGGCACUACCGGAGUUUUGCAAGAGAGCGACCACACCAUGACGUGCUUCCACCAGAGACCUUUUCAAAACAAUUUACUGACCUCUUCCAGCAACACUUCUGCUGCGAGGUCGACAAAGACGGCACGCCACUGGGUCAGAACACAAGCUCUGCCGCAACCGGUAGCGCUCCCUCAUCGUCUCCAGUGGUCCUUCGUCCUCAGUCUGUAAUCACUCGAGUGCGGACUUUGCCUCGGGUGCAGGACUAUCGGGAGACUGGCAGACCAAAUGGAGGAGCUGCUCCACUGACUGCGUCACCGAAACUGGAGCCGGUGGUGUUGAGCCGGGAGCAGGAGCUGCCACUGAGAUGCGCUGCGGGAAACUCCUUUUCAGGAUCUCGCACAAUUGGCAGCGGGACACUGGUGAUUCAUAGCCAUAGCAACGAGGAGAUCUCUGGCACAGAUCAUCGCCAGGUAUCUGAACGGUACUCUUCUGACUCUUUAACCUCGAACCCUGAAAACUCAGAAGUCACACAUUUCUCUUUCAGCCAAAUCCGGAAGUCUGUAAAUAAGCUUUUAAAGAAAUCACCCCAAGCCAGUCCGCGCUCAUCCCGGGACCUUACUCCUAGGAACCCCACCACCACCAACAGUAAUCUUCCAAAUAAUGGUGACAGAGUGGGUGCAAUUUCCUCCAUCAGCGAAGAGGUGUCAUCCUCUUCUUCCCACUCCUCCGAAGCCACACCCACAGCUGCUUCACACCGUCCUGGAAUGAAGGAGCUGAUCAUGGCUCCUUUCAAUAGGUUUCGUAGUAAAAGGCAGAGGCGAUCCGAGGCGAGCGGCUGCUGUAAAGAGGGCCAGUUGAGGUACUUUCUGGUGGAUGAAACUGUUUCAGACUCACAGCCCCGCUGGCAGCGUUGCCACCUGCUGGUCAGGAGGAUCAGAGACAUUCAAGGAGGAAGAGGAGCAGGGGAAAGUUACCAGUUGGAGCUCUAUGAUCCUCCAAAGGCCUCCAGUCCCAAGCUGACAACUCACUGCUCAGAUAUCCAAGAGGUCCGGCGUUGCAACCGGCUGGAGAUGCCUGACAACUUUAACACGUUUGUUCUAAAGGUUAAUCGAGGUAGCCUGAUAUUUGAGACGGACAACGAGCAGCAGGUCAGCUCCUGGACCACAGAGCUAAAAGAGUGCAUCAGCAGCAGGUCAGUCAGCGUGGAUCUGGAGCCCCUCCCUUCCCCGCCUGACACUUCUGCCCCAGCCAAUCACAGAGGGAGCUCAGAGCCAGAAAGUCAGAGUCAGCCUCCUGUCACCUUCACCCUGCCAGAGCAGGUAAUCCAGAAGACAGAUCACUUCCUGUUCUCCUACCCCUGGUUCCACGGACCCAUCUCUCGCGUCAAGGCGGCCCACCUGGUUCAGAGCUCCGGGCCAGAGGGACACGGGGUGUUUCUGGUCCGACAGAGUGAGACACGCAGGGGCGACUACGUCCUCACCUUCAACUACCAGGGAAAAGCAAAGCACCUGCGCCUCUCUUUGACAGAAUGGGGUCAGUGCAGGGUGCAGCACCUGCGCUUCCCAUCUGUUAUGGACAUGCUCAGUCAUUUCAGACUCUUCCCUAUCCCACUGGAGUGUGGAGCCGCCGGUGCUGUCACUCUGUCCCGCUUCGUAGUGGCGGGUUCCACCCCGCCUUCACAGGGUCAGCUCUCAGGCGCUUUCCUCGUCCCGUUCUCCCUCCAUCGCUGGAGCUCUGAGCCCAGCUUGGCUCACUGCAGCCUGGCUCGCAGCUCCAGCCAGCCCCCUUCCUCCUGCUCCACCAACACCACGGCCAGCACCAGCUUUUCCACUUCCAGCUCCUUUUCCCAGUCUGGAAUCCAUUCUUUUACCCGCACCGGCAUGGUCCCGGAGCCCACGCUGUCAGCCCCGCCUCCACUCCGUCGAAGCGAGUCGGUGGGAAGGAGGAACCUGCUACGCCACCCCAGCACCCACGCUCCCAUCAUCCCUCAGCGGGACUCGGACUAUGAGCUGGAACCUGACCGCGGUCGCAAGCGGGCAAUAGACAACCAGUACAUGUUGCUCUGACCCCGCUGAGUCAAAAACCUGCAACACCUCUGAACGACAGCAGACACCUGUGAAGCUGACACACUCAGACACACACAAACACACUUGUGUUCGCUUGUCGCUCCCUCCCACAGGUAUAUAACCUGAUUGCAGCAGACUCAUGAACUUGAGUGAAGAAGUCUUUGUCUGAUGAAUGCAUACCACUGUGUAUGUGGAAACACACACAAACACUCGCUUUGUGCGUGUGUGUUUACCAGUGUCAGACCUUCACAUCCUCCACCCAGACUGUCCACAGUGAAUGUAUUUUCGGAGCUUUAUAACAGUGCUGAUUAUUAAUGUUGAGGUUCUCUGUGAGAGUGGGAGAGUCAAAUGACUAUUGACCUAAAGCCCAGGCAAAAAAUAGUUUUCUAUAUUUCUAUUCUGGUCAUUUUUAUAGACCUGCACUUGUUUUCAUUUCUUUGGCACUUAACCUGAACUGAUGGGAAGGCACUCCCUGCAAAAUUGGUUAAUUUAAAAUAUUUAAAAGACAUUUACUCUCCACACAAAGUUUCCAGUGUGGAGCAAACUCUCACCUUUCUUUCUUUUUUUGUACACAGACAAAGAGCACUCAUUUUAGAGCAUUAUUACAUUAGAUAUUCUCCCACUUGUGCUUUAUUAUGUAUUGAAGUAUACCUUCAGUGCACUUUGAAAGCAAUGUGUAUUUUUUCUAUGCACAGAUUCUUUUGUAGAAAAAUAAUAAUAAUGAUUUUUAUUUUUUUUACAGUUAAAAAGGGGAAACUUUUGUUACAUUUUGCUAAAAAUGGAUUGAGCACCGCUUCUACUCCUUCAAACUUACAGAGAAGAACGGAUUCAGAAUCAGAUUUUCAUCACCGCUCUUUAAUUUUUACCCUAAAUCUAAGUUUGAGUUGUGCAUCUGGAUGUGACCGUUGUAGUUUAUGUGAGAAUAAAGCAAGUGUGUGGUGUUAUGUUGAAUUUUGAUCACCUAAGGCAGUAAUACUCAACUUAUGGGCUAGAUCAGGGUCACUUUGAGUGUCAGCUGGAAUAUCUACCCUUUCAGAUUUACUAAAUAAAAAGGAUAGACGAGGUUCCGGCUCUUUAAUUGUACCCAAAGCAGCUGCAGCUACAAUCCAGCUGCUGAAUGCCAUAAAAGAUAUUAUUUACUUGUAAUAUAGUCAGGUAUUUUAAAAAUAAACUUUUUUACAGGAGAGUAAAUUAUUACUGUUAAGUUGAUCUGACAAAUAUUAAUGUUUAUUAACUGGCUCGUGGCACCGAUCAUUUUUCAAAGGGACACCAGGUCAAAGCAAGUUGAGUAUCUCUGAUGCAAGGUACAAAAAAUCAACAACAAAGCACCACAGAAAUCAUUUCUGCCACAAAAUCAGAGAAGCUGGAGUGAUAAAAUAACAAGAGAAUUUUAAUAUGUUGCCAUCCUGCAGCUGUGAACGGUGGGUUUAGAUGUUCUGUGGAUAUUAUUACACGCACUUUUUAAGAGUUUGAAGUUUCAACUGAAUUAACGACAGAAAGUUGUACUUCUGCUCUGGUUUAUAUGCUAUAAGAUGUGACGUGUAAACGUUUUCCUCCAUUGUCACAGGUUUACAGGUCGCAGGCAUUUAAGAGCUCAUAAAACAACCUUUAACAGCAAUAACUCUGAGUCAUUGUUUUCUGAAUCAGUUUCUCUCACAGUUGAGGAGCAAUUUUUAUCCCACUCUUCUUUUGCGGGCAUUCAUUGUGCACACCUCUGUUCAGGACCCACUUCAGUAUUUCAGGCUGCUGUGGUUGGGAUCAUCGACCUGUUGCAUGAUCCAGUUUCAGUCAAGCUUUAGCCUUCACACAGAUGGCCUUACAUUUGGCUCUAGAAUACUUUGGUACACAAAGGAGUUCCCAGUCGACUCAGUCGAUGCUUGAACGUUGGUGUGACAGCUUUGUGCAGGUAUGCUGUGUUUGGCUUUCACCAAAUGUGGCACUGACUGUGGCAUCUUUUGAUCCACAAGUCUUGUGGUUUGCUCAGAUGCUCCUUUGCAAACCUAAUCUGUGUGCUGACAUGUUCCUUUUAGAGAGAAGAGGCUGUCUCCUUCCAAACAAUUCAUACUUGUUCUGUCAUGGACUUUAACAUUAAGACAUGUUAAAUAUGCUAUGGAGGUGCUCACACUUGCAGAUGAUCAAUUAAGUGCGUUUAAUUUGCUUCUUACUUUCUUAAUUACUAUGGAAAGAAUAAGGGUCUUCUUAGUUUUUCUGCAUAGAGUAAUGUGUGAUUUAAGCGGUCUCUUUAUGUUUUUUCAGCAACACCUUCACUGCAUUUUCCUGAUUUUGUGGCAAGGAACGAUUUACCAAAAUAAGACUUGGCACUCCAAUGUGAAUUUUGCACUCGUAUGUCAAAAAAACAAAGACAUAAACUUGAAUGGCUUCACUCCAAAGAGCACAACAGGGGGGAAACUUUAUGUGCAGACCAAAACAAAGUAGGAAUUGAGUCAAAGUCGGGCAUUUAACACAAGUCUAAUUGAUUUAUCCUUCACGUUGUCUGGAGUCUCAACCUUUUUCCAAUCAGUUUUGCAUUGGGCUCUUAAUCUAGCAUUAAACCCUUAAUGCUCCGGAAAAACUGAGGUGGCUCAGUUAAUAUUAACAUGUGCUUUCCUGAUUUGGGGGAGGAGCGUCAUGUUCUUAUCUGUAUUUUUUACACUCACAGCAUUAAUUAUUUUUUUUAGUAUUUUCUGUGUAACUUCACCACAGCAGCUAAAAACCAAGGAAUGGCUGUGAAGUUAAUGUCUUUUUUUUACACUAUAUGUUAUUUGUAAUAGAAUUUGUAUGUUUAUAUCAUAGAAGAAGUUUGGUUUCAAUCAGCAACGCUUUGAAAGUGUCACGAGAUGUUAGACACCAGUGAUCGGACGCUGUUCCUCUGUCCUCCAGCUUCAUGUUUUUGUGCACUUAAACUGGAUUUAAUCGAUAACAUAAAGUGCCUUGUGAGUUUGUCAUCAUAGCUUUUGUAAGGUUUAUCCCACCAGUUGAAAGUGCACUGACUAUGCCAGCUGUCAACUCAGGUGUAAAUUUUAUUGCUGUGAGCUGACUUAAAAAAAAUUCUCAUUCCACCAUGUUGAGUUUCUUCAAAGGGCAUCUAAAGAGCUGAUUU